AUGUUUCUGUUGCAGUGCUUAGUUGAAAUGGCUGGACGAAACGAUGUUGCGAUUACUGCUGCUUUGGAGGCUAUGGCUCAAGCUCUGGUACAACAACCGAAUGCUGGUGAGAAUGCUGGAUCUCGCAGUUUGGCUACUUUCCAGAGGGAGAACCCGCCGGUCUUCAAAGGCAAGCAUGACCCCGAUGGAGCAUUAGAGUGGUUGAAGGAUAUCGAGAGGAUCUUCCGCGUAAUGGAUUAUACUCAGGCACAAAAAGUUCGCUAUGGGACGCAUAUGCUAUCAGUCAAAGCUGACGACUGGUGGCUAACAACAAGUCAAAGAUUAGAAGCUGCAGAUGAAAAGAUCACUUGGGCUAUGUUCCGAAGAGAAUUUCUGAGGAAGUAUUAUCCUGAGAGUGUCCGUGGUAAGAAAGAAAUUGAAUUCCUCAAACUGAAAUAG